GUGUACGCGUAUAUUGAUCAAAUUGGUUAAAGCAGCAAUUUUCCUGUAUACUUUAAAUUACCUAAGACAUCUCUUCUCAUCUCUAGUAUACCGCCAAUUACAUCAUGAAAAAACCAAAGUUAGGAAAAAGAGCAUUAGCAUCAUUACGUAACAACGAUUCCGAACCAUCAUCACGAUCUGAACCAACUACAGCAGAAGAGUUUCUCGAACAAGGUUCAAUAGAUGAAGAAUCAGGCGAUAGAUGGUUAGGAUCUGAUUUAUCGAAAAGUUUACGAUUCUAUCAAAAGGCAUACACCAGUUAUUUGAAAUCAGGGGGAGAGAAUCUUGAUAGUUAUUAUAACUCAUCCCGAUUAUUAUUCCAAGUCUAUUAUCAAUAUUUAAAGACUGAUGGGGUCAACGUUUAUGAUUUGACGAAUGUGGAAGAAGCCUUACAUGAAGAUGGAAGUUCAGUUAUUCAACCAAUUGGGAAUGUGGUAUUGGCUCAUGAAAAUGCCAUUAGUAUAGCGAAGAAUUCAUCUGGUUCUAUACCUUUGGAUUUAUUGUUUAAUACUGCUACGGCUUAUACUGAAGUUCUUGAAGUUGAAGAAGAUAAUCCCGAUAGUAAUUUCAAUCAGUUAUUGGAAGUUACGUAUAAAGCUCAAACUAUUCUCAUUGGUUUAAUGGAUACCCAAAUCAAUGAAUUCAAAAAGUUCCUUGAUGAAUUGAAAGAAAUAAACUCCAUAGAUGAUCAAUCCACGGCAUCUACAUCCAUUGGAGACAGCGAAGAGAAACAAUCAGAAUCAGAGUAUACAGCAGAAGAAAUCGUUCAACCAAAUGAUAUUUUUGAUACCAUAUUGACUAGUUAUAAAUUAUCUCAAUCAAUCUUAGAGAAUGUAACUGAUCCCCAAACUCAAAUCUCUCAAAUAACAGAAUUAAUAACUCCAUUAUUGACUAAAAGUGAUGCUAUAGCUCAAGAUCUUAUCCAUAAUUUCAGUGAACUUUCUCCCCUCAAGAAUGAUAUGGUUGCAAAUUUAACCACUGACCAAAUCAACGAAUAUAAGAUCAUAAAGACUUAUAUAAUAGGAUUAACCACUAAUGAUAUAGAUCAAUUGAUAAGUUUAUGGAAUGGGGAAGAAUCACAAUUACCUCAAACUUCAGAACGAUACAUGCUGGCAGCCGAUAAUAUCCAAACUUUCUUAGAUCGUUUAGAUAUAAAUUUAUCAUUUAUAAAUUCUAAUGCAACUACUGAUGAAGUAAAGAAUUUAUUCUGGAAAUCAUUAGGUCAAAUAACGACUAAUUUGAAAAAGGCUCAAGAUCUACUUAAUGGUAAACUUUCUGAAAAGAGGAAACUUCCAUCAGGGGUUGAUUUAGGAUUAGGAGCUUUAAUCUCUCAAAUUAGUGAGAUCAUGAUUGCUAGAUCUGAUAUUGAUUUACAACGAUGUCAGAUUGUGAAUUUCGAACCCGCUCAAAAGAACAGUACUGUAUUAUUAAACAAUGCCAAAACGUUAUUAAAGAAUGCUAUGACAUUAGCUAAUACCCCAGGUGGAUUAAGAGAAAGAGUAUCAGAAAAACUUCAACGUGAAAAGAAAAAAGUCGAUUCUGUAUUAAGAUUAUGUAUAUUAGAGGGGAAAACUAGUAUAUCAGAGUUGGAUACCAUUCUUGGACGGAAUAAAUGGAUUAAUGAAUUACCAAAUUUGAUUAAAUUGGGAUAUUUUGAAUCAUUUGGGAUUUUAAAUAUUGAAAAGCCUACAAAUUUUUAAUACAU